UUGGAGCGGCGGGUGGUACAACUUUACGGGUAUGGGGUCGAGAAUGAGGAAGAUGAGGAAAUAUACGAGGCGGAAGGGGGCUAUAUCUCCUCAUCUUCUGAAUGCACGAAAACAACCUUGGAGCAUCUCCAACAAGAGCACCGUGGUGCCCACAACCAUAAGCACCCUAAUCAUUCGCCUUCACCGGCUGUUCCUGGUAUCAGUCGUAGCCAAGGACAAGGGCCCAGCGCCGCAGCAAUGGCUGCUGCUGCUGCCGCGACCUCAAGCCGCUCCCGGUGCAACUUGAGUUCCCAGAGGAGGAACCAAUCAUCAAAUAACAGUCAUCCCGGCGGCUCAUCGCGCCCUGUCCGAGUGGAGGCAGCCAUCCGCCGACAGAACCCCAGCCAGGAGGCACGUCGGUCUCCGCCGCUAAAUGGCUCUGGAGGGGGAACGCCGCAGGGCCGUGGGACCUCCGGUCUGGCUGCAACGAGGAGCAGCAAGAAGUGCAAUUGCCGGAAAUCAAAAUGUCUGAAACUGUAUUGUGAGUGUUUUGCGAUGGGUGCUUACUGUCGAGACGACUGUGGCUGUUUGGACUGCAAUAACACGCUUGCUUUCGAGCAAGUACGUACGCAGGCUGUGGAAAGUAUCCUGAGUCGCAAUCCCCACGCCUUCACCGAGAAGAUCCAAUUCAUCGAAACCGGGGCAACUGGCCCUGUGGCCAUGGGUACUCAUCGCCGCACGAGCUUGCCCGGUGGACAAUGCAGCGUGGGUGACAAUGGGGAGACGACCAUGAUGGGAGGCCUCCAAGGAACCGCGGGAGGGGCAUUGCCCACCGCUGCCCAUGUAAGAGGAUGCAACUGCAAAAAAUCGCUGUGUAUCAAGAAGUACUGUGAGUGCUUCUUUGCAGGCGUGUACUGUGGUGAAAAUUGCCAGUGUGAAGGGUGUCAGAAUAAUCCUGAGGCCUCCGCGGGUCUUCACGUGAAGAAAAAACGUGGCAGCACGACUCACGGAAAAGGGCAACACCCGAAGCAGGUCCAACGCCGACAGCAGGCAUCCCCAUCCCUGUCCGACUCGCAUGACCUUACCCCAACUCGUGUCACGGGAACGGCGGUGAUCUGAAGACAAUGAGCAGUCUGUAUGUCAGAAGAGAGAGCGAGGGAUAAGAUAUGUGACACAGACUUUGUACAUCAUGUCAUUUUGGGAACAUGAAUGAAAAAAGCGACGCUACGGGUCCAAGAAGGACGCAUUCUAGCGCAGUAUACAUAUCUAUAGAUAUGAUCAGAAAGUAGGGAAACAAUGUUUGGAAAAUAGGCAGCCUAUUUUGAAUCGAAGCGGGAAAAUACAAGCGUGUAGUUGCUUGCAGCAUGUCAUUGGAUAAGGAAACCGCUAUGGAACCAAGGAGAAACAGUGUGCAGACCGCAGUGGAGGGAAGAUCAGUAGAAAGGGUACUACUUAGUUUGAUCUAUACACGAAAGCAAAGGCGAGACGCCACGUAAUCCUUUAUUUAGAAAAGAAGCACCUCAACCACCUUUCA